CGGAGCGCGUGGUGGGCGUCAGCGUGGCUGCAGUCGCGCAAAGGCGGCUGGAAGGUGACCGCGGAACCCAGCUUCCUGCAGCCGGGUAAGGCUGCCACCCGCCGGCCCGCCGCGUGCAGGAGCGCCGUCUGGCUGCGGCCAGAGCCAGGCUUAACACCCACCUGAGCCCUUCUUGCAUUCUCUUCAUGUGACAGCACGGCUUCCCCUGGCGAGUUUCGCGGGCCGCGAGCUUCAGGUCGGACGCAGUGGGCGCCCCGCAGGUGCAGGGUGGGUCCUCUGCAGCUGUCUCCCGUCCCUGUGUCCACCUCAGCCCCUCGAUCCUGCUUCGGUGAGAAGACGAGGGCCGCGUGCAGAACCUUGGGUCCCUGGAACACGCCCGCUGCCUGCCCGACCGCCUUCCCGCUGCUAAUCACCCGCUGCCCGUGCCCUUUGGUCGCCAGUACAGCUUUCCUGCCUCGCUUUCUAAUGUUGUUCCUAACUCCCAGACCCUCUUGCACUGUGUGUGGGUCUUGCGGCUCUAACUGCCCCUGGCUGCAGGUUUGGGUCCGAAUUUGACUACCUUGACUGGAGCCAGCUGUUGGGCUUCACAGCCCUGAAGGAUGGCUGCCAUACUAGGAGACACCAUCAUGGUGGCCAAAGGCCUUGCCAAGCUGACCCAGGCAGCUGUGGAAACCCACCUGCAGCACUUGGGCAUUGGAGGGGAGCUGAUCAUGGCGGCCCGGGCCCUGCAGUCCACGGCUAUGGAGCAGAUUGGCAUGUUCUUGGGGAAAGUGCAGGGUCAGGAUAAACGUGAAGAAUCUUUUGCUGAGAACUUCGACGGCCCAGAAGGGGAGUUCCACUUCUCAGUCCCGCAGGCAGCCGGAGCCUCCACAGACUUCUCUGCAGCUUCCACUCCCGACCACUCGACUCCACCCCUGGAUCAUGCCCACAGCGAGGGCCCAGCUCCUGCCUACAUGGCCAGUGGACCCUUUAGGGAAGCUAGGUUCCCCGGCCAGGCUGCCUACCCUCUGGGCAGGGUAAACGGGAGGCUCUUUGCAAACCCCAAAGACUCAUUCUCUGUCAUGGGCUUUCAGCAAAGGUUCUUUCACCAGGACCAGUCCCCUGUGGGGGGCCUCACAGCUGAGGACAUCGAGAAGGCCCGGCAGGCCAAGGCUCGUCCCGAGAACAAGCAGCACAAACAGAUGCUCAGCGAGCAUGCUCGGGAGCGGAAGGUGCCCGUGACGAGGAUUGGGCGGCUGGCCAACUUUGGAGGUCUGGCCGUGGGUCUGGGUUUCGGGGCACUGGCAGAGGUCGCCAAGAAGAGCCUGCGCUCCGAGGACCCCUCAGGGAAGAAGGCUGUGCUGGAUUCCAGUCCCUUCCUGUCUGAGGCCAAUGCUGAACGCAUCGUACGCACGCUCUGCAAGGUGCGCGGCGCAGCGCUCAAGCUGGGCCAGAUGCUGAGCAUCCAGGACGAUGCCUUCAUCAACCCCCACCUGGCCAAGAUCUUCGAGCGGGUGCGGCAGAGUGCGGACUUCAUGCCAUUGAAACAGAUGAUGAAAACUCUCAAUCACGACCUGGGCCCCAACUGGCGGGACAAGCUGGAGUACUUCGAGGAGCGGCCCUUUGCCGCUGCGUCCAUUGGGCAGGUGCACCUCGCCCGCAUGAAGGGCGGUCGAGAGGUGGCCAUGAAGAUCCAGUACCCUGGCGUGGCCCAGAGCAUCAACAGCGAUGUCAACAACCUCAUGGCUGUGCUGAACAUGAGCAACAUGCUUCCAGAAGGCCUGUUCCCUGAGCACCUGAUCGAUGUGCUGAGGCGGGAGCUGGCCCUGGAGUGUGACUACCAGCGGGAGGCUGCCUGCGCCCGAAAGUUCAGGGAGCUGCUGAAGGGCCACCCCUUCUUCUACGUGCCUGAGAUCGUGGACGAACUCUGCAGCCCACACGUGCUGACCACAGAGCUGGUUUCUGGCUUCCCCUUGGACCAGGCCGAAGGGCUUAGCCAGGAGAUUCGGAAUGAGAUCUGUUACAACAUCCUGGUUCUGUGCUUGAGGGAGCUGUUCGAGUUCCACUUCAUGCAGACAGACCCCAACUGGUCCAACUUCUUCUAUGAUCCCCAGCAGCACAAGGUGGCUCUUUUGGACUUUGGGGCAACACGGGAAUAUGACAGGUCCUUCACCGACCUCUACAUUCAGAUCAUCAGGGCUGCUGCAGACAGGGACAGGGAGACUGUGCGGGCAAAAUCCAUAGAGAUGAAGUUCCUCACGGGCUACGAGGUCAAGGUCAUGGAGGACGCCCACUUGGAUGCCAUCCUCAUCCUGGGGGAGGCCUUCGCCUCUGAGGAGCCCUUUGAUUUUGGCACCCAGAGCACCACUGAGAAGAUCCAUAACCUGAUUCCCAUCAUGCUGAGGCACCGUCUUGUCCCACCACCUGAGGAGACCUACUCCCUGCACAGGAAGAUGGGGGGCUCCUUCCUCAUCUGCUCCAAGCUAAAGGCCCGCUUCCCCUGCAAGGCCAUGUUCGAGGAGGCCUAUAGCAACUACUGCAGGAGGCAGGCCCAGCAGUAGGGCUGGGGCCCAGACCAGCUCCGAGGGCUUAUCUGAAGAAACUCACAGCCACCCUCAACAAAAUGGACUCCUCCUUGGGAAGCGUCUCCAGCCCUGGGAUGGACACUUUACUGUGACUUAGGGAGGGACAGGAUUAUACCAGGAAUAAAAGCACUUUUAGAAACUGUUUUCUGGAUCUUCAAAAGCUACAACACUCCUUGUACCCUUUCAGAUGGAAGGGAUCAGGUGUAGAAUCAUAUAUUUCUACAUUUAUCUGAGGAAGACAAAGUACAAUAAAAAGUGAGAAGCGUUCAAAUUCUACCACUAGGAAAAGAGACGUCUUGGGUAGAGAGGAGUUAGCCUUUUGCUGCUGCUGCUGAAGUGGCUGCAAAUGUUUGGUGCCCAGCCCACACUCUGGAACAGCAAAACCAGGGUCUGCAAAUGUCUUCUAAAGCUCCCCAGGUGACUGGAGCCUACGACCAGUUUGAGGACAGGGCAAUAAAGGGACCUCUCCUCUCCCUCUAAAAAUGUGAGCUUGAGGCCUUUCUACCCUUUACAUUACUUAGCUGGGAGACAGACAAGAAACAACACAUUUCUUUAAAUUAAAUCAUCUCUCUUAUAUAUGCAUCCAUCUUUUGUUGAAUACAAGAGGCUUCUUUUGACUAUAUACAUUCAGUAUUUAACUUCGACAUUUAUGUAUUCAUUUAAACUCUGUAUUGUAGUAAAAUAUGCAUUGUUUUAAUUCAUAAGGAUUUCCUGGCAACAAUCAGGUUGACUCUCACCGUGGUUGCUGAGUACAAGAGCUUGGUGAGCCACUCCAGGGAUGGAUUCUCCCCUUUGGAUGCAGAGAAUUGGGACUAUAAUGAGACUCUACUGUGAAAACAAAAUCUGUCUAAUCUUAUUCUUAUCACUUACAUUUGUGUAAUCCGUCUAUUUAAGCUACCUUUGGGGGAGGAAUAAAAUGUUACUGAAAGCAACUCUAAGUGCAUGGAAUGAAAUCAAUGUUAAAUCUAAGCUGCUAUGGAAAGUCUAUCUUUGCUGUUGCUGUUAGGCUGGGGGCAUGGAUCUGAGAGUCAGGUUGUCAGAACUUCUGAAUC